AUGAACGUUCUUCCUCCUGCCAACGGCAAGAAGCUCUGGAGAAUCAAAAGACUGGUCUCUUCAGGCCUGCCCACGCUGGCAGACGCCCUGUCGUCGCUUGAAUGUUUCAAUUCUUCCCAGAAAAUCUCUGCCGCCGGCAAACAAUUCAUGCUGAGAAGACCUCCAUUGAAAAGACCCAAACUGAAGCCUGGAAUGCCCAAAGACUUUGUUUUUGUGGAUCUUUCGCCGGUUAAACUGGAGGAAAGUGGAGAGGAGGCUGUUUCCUCUUCAAACUCCAGCGUUUGUUCUUCGCCAACUGUGGAUACGGUCUUUUCAGGCCAUCUGCCUUCGUCUAGCUAUUCGAAUACGCUGAAUUACAGCUACAAUUAUGCUUCAGACGACUUGUACGGGCCUUGUUUUGAUGAGCUGCUACUUGGUUUGGGGCUUAUGGGCGUGGAAUUCCCAGAAUCCAUGCAACCAGUGGAACCUCAGCUUCCAGUGAAUAUGGGCAUGCAAAAUGGGUGUUUUGAAACUCCCCAGUUCCCCCAACUGGCUCAAUUUGAAGCUCCACAGCCGGUUCAACAGUUGGCGUCGCCAGAAACGCCCCAGCACUCGCAAAAAAGAAGAAAAUCCGCUGGCGGAUUCACUUUUAAGAGUUAUACCGGUCCAGGCAAUGGAAUCAAGAAGAAGAAGACAAAUAACCACCGCAGAUGCUUUUCGGAGCCUGCCAAGAAGCAGCAGGUGCAAAAGGUACAGCCUCCUACGCCUCCUACGACGUUGGAGGACUUUUUACAUAUGCCUAAGGUUGAACAAGGCCAGGGGUUUGAUUUACAGAUGGUGGAUGAGAUGGCGCCGUUCAGUUACUCGCCAGAGAGUGAAGGGGAGUUGGGGUUUGACUUUCUGAGCUUUGUGCAAAUUUAA